GCCCACAUCUCCAUUACCACAAUGCCUCAUCUUACCUUUCCUUCUUUCCUGUAGAUUCGAUAUCACGAAUGGAACGGUUUAUGAUAUACGCCUAUCUUCGAGGUUUCGCCUUCGUUACACUUGGUCUUUGAUAUCAAAUUUGAAACACCAGACACGAUCACCUCCUCCGCAGCAUGGGAUUCCCCCUGAUAUGGGUUAGCUAUGCGUUGCUAGCCUAUGCUGCCGUCUCAUACAUUCGUUCAUAUCUAACUGAGCGCCGUUUUCAACAAUAUGCAAGACAGCAUCAAUGUGAGGAGGCUAGAAAAAAUACACUUAUCAAGUGGCCGUGGGCAUUGGAUGGCCAUUGGCGCGCAAUGAAGGCAGUGUCAAAAGGCGCCGACUUCUUCGAUGAUGUUAUUAUACCCCGAUACGAGGCACUGAACACCUUCACCAUAGCUUCCAAAGUCUUCGGACUGAAUGUACUGGAGACAAUAGAACCGAAGAACCUACAGGCGAUACUUGCAACCAACUUCAAAGAUUUUGAUCUCGGGGACCAAAGAAACAAGCAGUUGGGGGCAGUGUUGGGGCAUAGCAUCUUCACCUCGGAUGGUGAGUUCUGGGCUCAUUCGAGGGCCUUGUUCAGACCAUCCUUCAACCGGGAGAACAUCAACAAUUUCGAGGCGACGGCAAGGGCUGCUAAUAUCUUGGUCGAAGUGCUACCCGAGGGCUCCGGAGGGUGGACCAAGCAAGUCAAUCUGAUGGACUAUUUUUAUCGAUUCACGCUCGACACAGCGACUGCAUUCCUAUUUGGGCACACAACGGACUCACAGCUUGCUGCAGCCGGAAGGUUGACCACUGAGCAGGAUGGCACAUCCAGUGCGGCAAUUAGUCAAAAAUUUGAGGAUGCCUUCACCACUGCCCAGGAGUGGCUGUCAUUGCGGCUCCAAGCAGGUAAUUUUUACUGGUUGGUUCAGGGCCCAAAAUGGUGGAGGGCCAGACAACUUGUGCAGCAAUUCGUCAAUCAAUAUGUCGAAUUGGCCCUGAAUGCUCGAUCCCAAUCCGAGAAAAUGAACAGCGACAAGGAGAACAAAUACAACCUAUUAAAAGAAUUGGCAACGGAGUGUGGGGAUCCGAUUGAGCUUCGAGACCAAUUGACCUCUAUUCUCGGAGCAGGCCGCGACACUACUGCCGCGCUCCUGGCGUGGAUCUUCGUCGAGCUGGCUAAGAACCCUCGAGUUUUUUCACGCCUGCGUGAAGCAAUACUGUUCGACUUCGGUGAAUCGGAAGUCGAUGUCUCUAGCAUAACAUCUAGCAAACUCAAGUCCUGCCGCUAUCUGCAAUUCGUCAUUCAAGAGGCUCUUCGCAUCCACCCGCCUGUCCCCACCAAUGGGCGCCAAGCUAUUCGGAAUACUACACUGCCUGUCGGCGGAGGUGAGGAUGGCACUAAACCCGUGGCUGUCAGGAAGGGGCAGACUGUAGUUUAUUCCAUUUUAGGGGUCCAUAAACGCAAAGAUAUCUGGGGAGAGGAUGCCGACGAGUUCAGGCCUGAAAGAUGGGAAGGGCGCAAGAUAAGCUGGUCCUAUGUGCCCUUCUCAGGUGGCCCAAGGAUAUGUAUUGGACAACAAUACGCUAUCACGGAAGCGAGCUUUCUCACGGUCAGAUUGCUGCAAGCGUUCGACACCAUUGAAUGGCGGGGAGAGACUGGUCGAAUUACCAAGGGGUUUGGGUUGACAAUGUACCCAGCAAAGGGUGUGCCAGUGCUGCUCCGGCGCGCUGCGGCAUCAAGGAAGGAGGAGUAGGCAACUAGUAGCAAAGGUGACCGCUGAACAACCUCUCGCGUUCCCCCAUGGUUCCCCCGUGGUUCCCCCGUGGAGGAGCAUCCCACACCCCACGAUAUCACCAAUGCUUCUUUCUUUGCUUCUUCGCUCGUUUUGAGGAAACCAAGGUUCCCACGACCAUGAAUUGUAUACAGAACAUAUAAGAUGAGCGUCUUCUUGUAGUUUGUACGCUCAUUAAGGAUCAAGAUCAAUCAACACUUUCAAUUCUUGGUAAUCAAGUGCUCUCCUGCUGAAGUCGCAUCUCCAGAUCACCUGAUCAAAGGAACAGCUAUUCUCUAUCA